AUGGAGAUUGUAGCGGCGGCGGCGGCGGCGGCCGAGGAAGGGUCCGUGGCGAGGAGAUUCUGGAAUAAAUCGCAGAAGGAGGCGCUGCUCGCUGCUUAUACGCCUUUCGUGGUCUGCUUGGCCGCCGGGGGUUUAGAGCUGGACACUUUCCGGCACUACAUUGCCCAGGAUUUUCACUUUCUUAAAACGUUUGUACAAGCGUGAGUUCCAUCAUUCAUUGCUUCCUCUCUUUCGGUCCUUCCGUUUCAGCAGAUUCCUUUCUGUUGUUGCACCCCAUAAUCCUCCCUUCACCUUUCACAUUCGCGCACAACGAGGCGUAUUCCAUCUGUUGGGGUGCUAAUUCGUUUCCUGUUGUCUUGCGAAUUAUUUUUAUAUGUUAGCUAUGAGAUAGCCGAAGAUUGCGCCGACGAUGAGGAUGCUGCAUCUGCAAUAAGCGAACUAAAGAAGGCUGUCUUGAAAGAGUUGAAGAUGCACGACUCCAUUGUUGAGGUAAGAUUUGGGGCUUGCCGUCCCUCCUUUUUCUUUCUUGAUUUUUGGUUUCUUUCUUGUUUUCUUUCCCUUGAACUAUUUUAUGGGAUUUUUAUCAUCUCGAAUAAAAUGGAAUUAAAUAGAACAGAGCAAGCACACCAGUGGAUUGUCGAAUGUCUUCGUUAGAAUUUGAGAUCUAAAUCAUUGUCCCAUAAAGUUCAGAAGACCGUCGUGGCUACAAGGAUUAGUCAGAUGAUUUAAACCGUGAGUAAGACAUAUCUAUUCGUGGCUUCUUCUUAAUUGUGUCCAUUACCACUUUAAUUGUGUCCCCUUCCCUUUAAUAAAUUGUAUUACUUAUAUCUAACCUUUUUGCAAUCCUCAAGGUCAAUGAUUUAUUGAAGGAUUAAAUAGUGAUUUUUGCGGGAAGAAAAUGAGAUUAUGAUUUGACUAAGUAACAUUACAUGUGGAUAAAGUCAAAAGUAAUGCCUACAAUUACAUAAUUGGAAAUUAAGAUAUUUCUUCAUUGAAUAGCUCGACCAUUUGCCAAACCUCAUCUGCUGAUAUCCGAUAUCCCUUAGGCAUUGCGUAUAGUAUUUUUUGUUCCUAGAAACAAGCUAGGCUUUUAAAACUUGUAGAUAAGGAACGAAAGAGGAAAGAAGACUGAAGAUUUGACAAAGGAUAAAAAUGAAAAGGCGAACUGUAAAAUUAAUGAAGCGUACCUUUUAACCUGCAGAAGUGGGGACAAUUGAAUUCUCUUAAAGAAUCUAAGUCAGAGUCCUCUAACCACGUGUGUGUCUCUCUCGUGUAACUAAAAUUAAAUUGUUUAUAUUUCGCUUUUAUAAUCAUUUUUUCAGGCUCCCAUUUGUAAUGUGCUGGUUUUUAAAUUCAACUUAGUAGACCUAAAAUGGAACAAUAGAAAUGUGUGAAGCUAAUGAUCUGGGUCAAUAAAAAUCAGGUAUACAGUAAGUUGAAAAACUCACUAGUGUCUUCGAGCAGUCCAAGCUCUCGACUCUUAGCCAGCUCCAUGUUGACGGGACAAGGCAUGUUUUCUAUGAUGAUCAACAGAACCAUCCUAAUUCAACGUUCAGGAUAUGUUGACCUCAUCAAAUAAGUAUUUUUAUGUAUGUGGUGCAAAAAAUAUAUAUACAGCUGCCACAGGAAUCUCUUACUGUGAAUAAGUAGGAAGACUACGGGACGAAAUUAGUGAAGUGGCUAUUUUCUCGCAAUAUCUACCAAUGCCAUGAACAAAUGCGAGGUGCAGGUGAGUAGCAGUUCUUCAUAGUUUCCCUGCGUAUACGGACGUAGUUGCCAUUUUUACUUCUUUGCUAUCUCAUUGUCAUUCGAGUCGUAUCUCCAUUCUUGAUCAUUCGUAAGAUAUAUUUUCUCCCUUACAGAAAUCUUUUUUGUAGGAAUGGGGCGUUGAUAUCACCAAGGAGAUCAUUCCCAACCCUGCAACUGUAAAAUACACCAACUUCUUGCUAGCGACAGCAUCUGGGAUAGUUGAAGGGGGUAAAGCUCCUGCGAAAAUUGCCACUCCAUUUGAAAAGACAAAGAUUGCUGCAUACACAGUUGGUGCUAUGACCCCUUGCAUGAGGCUGUAUGCAUUUCUGGGUAAGGAAAUUGUGAAAAAUUUGGGACCUGAUGAGAACAGUCAUCCCUACAAGAAGUGGAUUGACAAUUAUUCCCCAAUCAAUUUCGAGGUUAGUAUUGAGAUGUCACCGUCAUGACACUUCUUGGUCUUCUAUAAUUUCAACUAGACGUAUGAUUUUUGCUUACAUACUUUGAUGUUUGCAGACAGCAGCAUUGCAGAUAGAGGAGUUGCUGGACAAACUAAGUGUGUCUUUGACUGGAGAGGAGCUUGAAGUGAUAGAAAAGCUCUAUCUUCAAGCAGUUAAAUUGGAGAUUGAAUUUUUUUGCGCUCAGCCAAUUUCGCAACGAACUACGGUCCCUUUGACCAGAUUGCAUGAUCCCUUGGAGCAGCGUCUUAUUCUCUUUUCUGACUUCGAUUUGACAUGCACAGUGGUGGAUUCUUCGGCAAUUUUAGCAGAGAUCGCAAUAUUGCGCACACCAAAGGCUGACGGGUCUGAUAGAGAUGAUCCAAAUGUCCGAAAGUCUUCUGAUCUGAGAAGUUCGUGGAAGGCCCUUUCCAGUCAGUACACUGAGGAGUACGAACAGUGCAUAGAAAAUAUUCUCACCACAGAAGAAUGUAAGCAUGGUAAAAUAGCUUAGUCGGUUCUUUAAUUAAUCCACCCCGCAGAGAUGUUCGUGCGAAAAUGUGUAAGCAGUUGGAUAAUGACAAAUCUAGCUCAUAUGUUUCCACUUAUGUGCCUAUUUUUUUCUAUUUCAGCUAAAGACUUCGAUUAUGAAGGUUUACUUAAAGCAUUGGAGCAGCUUUCAGAGUUUGAGAAGAGGGCAAAUUUGAGAGUGUGUGAAUCUGAGGUUUUGAAGGGCUUGAAUAUAGAGGAUAUUAAACGAGCUGGGGAACGUCUGAUCCUCCAGGAUGGAUGCAAAAGGUUUUUCCAGAAUAUUGUGAUGAAGAAAGAAGAGCUAAAUGGAGAUAUUCAUUUGCUUUCUUACUGCUGGUGUGGGGAUCUCAUUAGGUCUGCCUUUUCGUCAGGUAUGAUUUUAUCUUAUACACAGUCAUUCGAAAGCACCAAUGCUGGCAUGUUGUGGUCUAUUAAUCCUGAAAUAAGGAUAUUUUGAAAAUUGACAUCUGUAACUUGAAUUAUAGUCAUUAACUCAAGUGUCAUUCACAAAAACUGCACAGUUAAACUUUAUGUGCGAAGUAACAGAAAACCUCCGUCUGACUUGAAAAAGAAAAUAAGUAUUGUCCCAGUACUUGGAACUUCAUAUCCUACGAAUAUCAUCGAGUAGAAGAUGAGUGGAGAACGGUGAACAGAAAAUAAAUUUUGGAAGGAGAAACAAAUCUGCCUUUUUCCCAUUCAACGAGAGUAUCUUUUCAAUUUUAAAGAGCAGAACAGUUCUUAUAACGCCUUGAAGAAGAUUAGUGAGAGAGACGCUCAGGAUGUGCAGUGAGCGACGAUAUUGGGUCGUUCUUCUCUUCUCAAAAUAACCGGAGAGGCAUAUUUCCAGUCACCAAUCUUUGUGCCUUAGUAAAAAGUUAAAAAGCGGCCGUAAUUCUCUCACCUCGUAUUGGUUUAUAAGUCUAGAAUAGGUUGUGUGUGGUUACUGAUAUGUGGGAUGUGAAGAGUAGGAACAAUAUGUGCUCACCUGUUCUUGUUUGUUGUGGCUUCUCUAUUCUGUCCUAUUUCUUUAUUCCCUGGUAUCCUGAGUAACAACUUAGAAAGCAAUAGUGGACUCCUUGUACAUCAUUGGAAAGUCAACACCAUCGCACCUAUUAAAUAAAGUUCAGAAUUACAAGGGAAGUAGAUCAAAAGAAAACCCCGCAGGUAAGUAUCUGAUCUUGGAUAACAUAGCCAGUAUAGCUAGUAUAGUGAACAAGGUUAAAAUUAGAAAUGGAAAAAUUACAUUCUCAUUAUCUGAAAUGGAGUUAAUUCGGAUCAUACCUGAACUGAAGGGGGGACUUCCUGAGCAUGUGUGGGAGAGCUUCUUUCUUGUUCCAAGGACUCCAUGAAGGCUAUAGAAGUCGCAGGAAUACCAUAGCUGAAUGGGGGAGGCCAGAUAAGUCCAUAAACGGCAAGAAUGUCUGGGCCCGAUGGAUUUAAAAUUACUUUAUCUUCUAUUAUAUUCUGGGAGAGAGUUGAAGAGGGCAGCAUUUAUGUGACUAACUUUGAUGAAACCCUUGGAAUCAAACGCUUCAGUUCUGCAUAUCUAGAGCUUGCUAAAGAGCUGAUAGGAGAGGAGUCAAGUGUUUUCCCUCCAUCACUAUCGGAAAGAAAAAACCGAUUGUAGUGACAGCAUUUAAAAUGACUAACUUUGUUGCUGGCCUGCCAUUUUUGCUAUUCAUAUCUUCCUUAUCUCCGUCUAUGACUCCAAUGAAAUUCCCCAUAUUUCUGCUGCAUCAUUUUAAAAUGAGAUGCCAUAUGGUGGACGAUAUAAAUUGUCUUGUAUAAAUGAAAAAUAUAAAAACGAAAAGUUAAUACAAAAUAGAAAUUCAAAAAAUAUGGAUUUUAAUAUAUAUAUAUAUAUAUAUAUAUAGAUAAUUUUUUUUUCCUGAAGAUUGGAGUAGAUGAUCCUACCAUUCCCCCUGGCCGUCCCAUGCUACCAAGCAGUAAAAGAGCUUAGUUGUAGUGUUCAAGUCGCUGUUUGGAUAGGGUCGAACAAGGUUACGCUCUUUGUUUGGGGAGUUGAAAAAUCAGAGGAAAAGGUGAUAUUAAACUCCAAAAUUUUCAAGUGGUCCAUGUUCGUCUUCUCUAUUCCUCCAAGGCUCUUCUCGAGUGCCACUAAUCCUAUUAAACAUCAAGCAGCUUGCUCUUCUACUAUAUUGGUCGACUUGGGGUGCUAGCUCACCCUUUACGUGUAUGCUAAUGUUGCUAGCCGACCAAAUUUGUCUGAAAUAUCUCGAGUCAUUCUGCUCCAAAUGCCUUCAUACCGGCUCCUAAUACCAAAUUUUUGAUCGUUUGAACUAUGUGAUGAGUGCACAAUUGAUACAUGAUAUACAACCUUUUAUUUGAUAAAUUGAGUCUAUUUUGUGAUCAUCAUUAUCACGGUAGGAUAGUUGCUUUUUUAGCAGUCUUCUUACAAUAUCAUUGUAUUUACAGUCUCUACUUGAGUUUUUAUAUUUGCAUAUACAUCGGCGUUCAUAUUUGCAAAAAAUUAAAGAUAGAAGUUGACUAGAAGAGUCUAUCCACGAGUUAUGAAUAAAAAAAAUAUAUCAGCACGAAGUAAUAGAUUGCCAUAAUCGGUAAAUAUCUGAAGCACUAUCUUCCAUGCUUACUGGUACAUUCCGCGAUUGUUUUGGUAUGAUGCCAUUUUCUGCUGCCCUCGUCAAAUCUCAUCCUUCAUCGAUUAAAUCUUUGGAUUUCCUGGUUUUGGUGAAAAUAUUUGUAUGAAAAGAAGAUUUUGGUUUAUGUUGAAUCUGCAAGAUGAAAAUUUCCGCUAAACAAAGAGGAACCUCGAAAAUCAUCACCUCUCCUGAUUUUGGUUCUUUACAGAUUUUUUUAUAGAUAUUAUACGGUUUUUAUUCCAGUUUAUAGCAGCUACUGAAAUGGGCUGACGGCCCGCAACAUCCAUAAACAGGAGGCCUCGAUGUUCUGAGCAUACAUUCAAACGAGUUCCAAUACGAAGAAUCCAUCUCAACUGGGGAAAUCGUGCGGAAGAUGGAGACCCCACUGGACAAGAUCCAGGCCUUGAAAGAUAUCCUUCAGAACUCCCCCAAGCAUCUAUCUGUCUACAUUGGAGACUCGGUGGGCGACCUGCUCUGCCUGCUGGAGGCGGAUGUGGGUAUUGUGAUCGGAUCAAGCGGAAGCUUAAGGCAGGUGGGCUCCCACUUCGGUGUUUCCUUUGUCCCGCUCUUCGCCGGGCUGGUGAAGAAACAGAGGCUUCUCGAUGGAGGGGCCUCCCCUGUCUGGAAGGGCCUCUCCGGUGUUCUCUACACAGUUUCCAGUUGGGCAGAAGUACAUGCUUUCAUUCUCGGCAUAUAG